AACUGGACAAAAAAUGGUAAUAUCAUUUUUUUUAACUGAACACGAUUAACGGACAACUGUUAGUACACUGUUAGUUACAUUUGUAAACAUGUUAAAUGUUCUCACUGUUAAGUGUGACACUUGAAUAAGUGUGACCAACAGUCUGUGAUUGGCAGCUGGAAGAAAACGAAAACAACAUUGGAAAAAAAAAUGGAAAAGCCGGCAAUGGAUCUUGAAUUGGAUAUAUUAGAUUCUUUAGAAGCACUUGGGUACAAAAAUGUGGAGCAAAAGCCUCUAAACCAAUCCUUGGACAGUGGCAUAGGCAAUGCAGACUUGCGCGAAGUGAUUUAUUGGCUUGCCAAUCAAUUGCAUGUGCUCAGGAAGACCGAUGAGCAUGUAGCCUCCAGUAGUAAGGACCAUGACGAAUUUGUUUUCGAACUGUCACUGAUGUUAACUGAGCUGGGAUGUCCCUACCGGCAGUUCGUUGCGGUGCCAAUGUCGGAACGUUUCCAAACAAGAGCAUCCCUGCUGUAUCUCCUUGAUUAUCUCACAUCAGAGCUAAUGGCCACGAAGAUGUCGCUGAAGUUGCAGCCAGUCGAGCCGCCCAGUAAGAGAUCCAAGACUGACUCCCAUCUGGAAGAGGCUGUGACACAGUUGACAACUGACCUCCAGCUGGGCGAAAUGCCUAAAAACAUCAAUACAAAAUUACUGUUCGAGCGAAUGACCCCUAAGCUGGUGCAACGACUGAAGCAAACAAACCCAGCGGUGAUCAGUGAGCCAUUGAUGAGUAUUAACAAACCAUUGACUGAUAGCCAGUGGCGUGUACUGGAAACCAUGCACAGGGAUCUGGAUUCGGAGUACAACAUGCGUCGUCAAAUGAUGUUAACCCGUUUGGAGGCGACUGUUCAAAGCUUUCAAUGGUCGGAGAGCAUGAAACAUCGUCAAAACGAGAUUGGGGAUCGUUUUCAACAAAAACUUAAGGAAAUCGAAAAGCUUCAAUAUGGCGGAAAUGACACUAACAUUGUGGCGUUGCUGGCAGCGCGCGCUGAUUUGGCAAUCAUUGAAAAGACAAGUUCGGUGAAUGUGCGCAAGAACACGGCUUCUAAAAUCCAAAAACAUGUGAUUGGAAAUGUGCCUGAUCGCGGUGGACGUGCUAAUGAGCAUGCUCCACCGCCGCCGGAGAUGCCUUCCUGGCAGCAGCAACGUGCUGGCGGACCUGGAGGCGGGCGUGGUGGUGGUUUUGGCGGUGGCGCCGGUAAUUUUCGUGGCGGACGCGGUGGCGGACAAGGUGGACGUGGUGGCGGACGAGGUGGUGGAGGCCAAAACUGGAAACAACAGCCUCAGGAGCAACAGCCGCAACAGCAGCGAGACCAAUUUAUCAAUAACAGCGGACGUGUACAAGGCACUGGCUGGAAUCCUCAGGCAGGGGGCCGUGGUGGCGGCGGGGCCUAUCACAAUGGUGGACGCUACGGCGGAGGCGCCGGCGUCGGCGGCGGUUACAAUCAACGUUAUCAGGGUGAAUUUCAACGCGGAGGUUUCCGUUGACCCAGCUGGACGAAAGCAAUAUAGCCUCAAGCUAAUAGGCAGCCUUAUACUAAUUACCAAUAUUGAUAUUUAUUUAUAAUAGAACCUACCAU